GGAGCAGCUGUAAGAGGACACACUGCUGUGGGACACUUCUGUCAACAAGACGUGAAAGUGCUACCUGCAUGAGUAGAAGCACGUCCACUUUGGGCUGAUCCAGGAAAACGUUGCUACUGUGAUCUUGAAUCAGAAUGGAAACUAGCCAUGAAAACAACUGUGGGACAAUCUGUCUGAAGUAUCUGCUCAUUGUGUUCAACAUUCUUUUUUGGCUAGCUGGGGGUGCAUUGGUGGCCGUGGGUGUGUGGACUGUGGUGGAGAAGAGCGACUACAUCAAUCUCCUCGACUCUGGCUUCUACUCAACAUCUGCUUACAUCCUGAUCGCUGCCGGGGUCAUUGUGAUUGUGACUGGCAUCAUCGGAUGCUGCGCCACCCUGACGGAGAACAAGAGUCUUUUGAUUGUGUAUUUGGUCCUGUUACUCUGCGUGUUCCUGCUGGAACUCAUUGCAGCAGUCAUGGCCUAUAUUACCUACCAAGAGUGUUUCCCUUUCUGCCAUCAGCUGGAUGAUGCGCUGAGACAGAACCUGGAGGUGACCAUGCAGCAGAAAUACCAACAACCAGGAGAAGACGGGGUCACGCAUGCUGUGGACAAGCUCCAUCAGGAGUUCCAGUGCUGCGGGAGUAACAGUUCCUCCGACUGGAGAUACAGCACUUGGAUGCAGGCUGCGCAGGACGAGGAGCUCGUUCCUGUCAGCUGCUGUAAGACUCCCAGCAGCCUCUGUGGCCGCAGGGACCAUCCCUCCAACAUCUACAAGGGAGGCUGUGUUGGAAGGUUAGAGGACUUCAUUCUGUAUCAGCUCUACAUUCUGAGUGGAUUGGGCAUUGGGAUUGCAAUUUUGCAGCUUAUUGGAAUGAUGUUUACUUGCUGCCUUUACCAGAAGCUGGAAGAUGAACCAUACUGAUUUUGGACGUUUUUAAAGCGUGGACGUGUGGUUUGAGACUUAAGUUAUUCUUCAAUCCUGUUGGACUUUUAAAUCAAUACAAUAUGCAUACUUAAGAUUCUGUUAUGCUGCUGGGCAGCACUUCAUGCAAAACAUGAUUUUUCUCACUAUUUCAUAUUAAAGAUAAUCCUGUCGAAGUUGUCAAAUAUUAGCUUGGUGUGGCGAUACUGUAUUUUUAAAGUGCUGUUCUUUUUGUGGUAUUUCUUAAAACGAUAUACUAUACAGUAUACACCACUGGUUCUUAACCUUGUUGGAGGUACCGAACCCCACCAGUUUCAUAUGCGCAUUCACCGAACCCUUCUUUAGUGAAAAAUAAAAAUAAAAAUGUUUUCAAAUUCAAGACAAAGUUAUAUGUUUUUGGUAUGGGGAGAACAUAUUCUAAGUAACAAAGACUUAAUUUAGAGUUAUUUGGACA